GGAGAUCACCUGAAGCUCAGUCUUUGUGCAUGGUCAUAGGAUUAAAGAUAAAGAAAUUUUGUAAUUCAUUGUUAAUCUUUACUGUUUCCUAGUGCCCAAGAUGUAUGCAGUGUGACACAAAAUUUGACUUCAUAACCAGAAAGCAUCACUGUCGAAGAUGCGGAAAGUGCUUCUGUGACAAGUGCUGCAGUAAAAAAGUGCCUCUGCCUCGGAUGUGCUUCGUGGACCCGGUGCGCCAGUGUGCUGAAUGUGCCCUCAUCUCUCAGAAGGAAACAGAGUUUUAUGACAAACAGCUUAAAGUGCUCAUGAACGGUGCUACAUUCUUCGUAACUCUGGGAACAUCAGACAAAUCUGAGCUAAUGGUGUGUCGACUGUCCAGCAAUCAGAGAUACCUGGUUUUGGAUGGAGACAGCCACUAUGAAAUUGAAAUUAUACAGAUUUCGACUGUUCAGAUACUUACGGAGGGAUUUACUCCUGGAGAAAAAGAUAUUCACACUUACACCAGCCUUCUGGAGAGCCAGCAGAUUCCUGAAGGAGGCAACAGCCGCGCCAUAGGGAUGGUGCUGCAGUACCGGGUGCCGGGCUCGCAGGAGCUCACGCAGAUGAAGUUUACAGCUGGGGAGGACUUCAGCUGCAACAAGAAGCUGUCGGCAGCCUGGCUGGCUGCUAUGCAUAAGGCAACAAAACUUCUUUACGAGUCACGGGACCAGUGAGAACAACAAACUGCUGCCAAUUUGAGGGAAGAUGCCACCUUCUAGGGACCUGCCUCUCACUUUUUGCUAAUUUGACAGCUGGUAACAUUUGCUAUUCCUGAUCCCUUCUCAUUCCAGUGUGAUUCAUUAUGUAAAACUGGAAAAAUGCAAUGGGUUUUUUUUUUUUUUUUUUUGAACCAUGAGUAUUCACUAUAGUGUGCAAUAUGUAUUCUACACUUAAUGCUUUAAACAGCCUCACCUUUUAAGACUUUGUAUAUUUUGUUAAACCUUUAUUGGCACUUAAUAUGAAAUAUGACCUGCACUACAGCUAAUGUACAGCACAACUUUUAUAGUAACAAUUAUGUAUAGUUUGCCCCAAAAAGCAAACUAAUGUGUAUGUCUCUUCUGCAGAGAAUAGCUUUUGGGUAUAGAUCUCAGGUUUUCCCCUUUAUCCAAAUGUUUUAAAUCAAUGUACAAUAAAUCUGCCUUAGGUAAAUUUUAUAGAA